AUGAGAGGACGCCUUAUUCUCAUUGAAGGUUUGGAUAGGUCUGGCAAAUCGACUCAGGCAGAAAAUCUUGCCUCGGCCCUCGACGCACAGCUUUACAAGUUUCCUGAUCGUCUGACGCCCGUUGGAAAACUCAUCAACGAGUACCUAGUCAACUCCAGCUUUGACCUUUCGGACGAGGCAGCUCAUCUUCUAUUCAGUGCCAACAGAUGGGAAGUGGCCCAUGAGAUGGAGGCGACCCUUCUAAGGGGCCAAAACAUCGUGUUGGACCGCUACAUUUAUUCGGGCAUUGCCUAUUCGCUAGCGAAGUCCAGCUUGAACGACUACGAGUGGCUCUACUCUCCAGACAAAGGGUUGCCCAAACCUGACUUGACCCUUUUCUUGACCAUUGACUUGGAGGAGUUGAGCAGACGCAAAGGCUGGGGCGACGAGCGCUACGAAAAGCUGGCUUUUCAGGCAAAGGUAAAGCAAUGCUUUAUGCAAAUUUUGGACCCAGAGAAAGACUCCUCGGUUGAAAUCGUCAAUGUGGACAACCUCCUGAUUGAGCAGGUAAAGGCAAAACUCAUGGAAAUUAUCAAGGAGAGAAAAGUCGACCAAACCACAGAAAAGCCUCUCGCAAAGUUUAAAUAA